AUGGAGUGGGCCUUUUUGAACGACAAGAUUAAAAGCAAGAUUAAUGGGUGGAAGAAGCGGAAAAUCUCCUUCACUGGAAGAGCCACUCUUAUCCGGUCUGUUUUGCUUUCUAUCCCGAUCUAUCAUCUCUCUUUUUCCAAAUUUCCUAAGUGUGUCGUCGAUGAAAUUCAGUCUUAUUUUAGUAAGUUCCUCUGGGGUGGGGGCUUGGAGGAUAGGAAAAUCCAUUGGGUGAAGUGGGAUGAUUUGUGUGUUGGUUAUGGCCUUGGGGGCUUAAAUUUUAAAAAUCUUAACUGGUUUAAUACGACCCUCAUGGCCAAGUGGAUUUGGAGAUUCUUGGUGGAUAAACAUCUUCUUUGGGCCAAGGCGGUGAGAGCCUGCCAUGGGGAGUUUGUGUGGGAGAAUGGUGGGCUGGACGACACUAAUGGCAAAAUUACACAAAUAGGAUGGUGGAAGAUUGUUUUGGGAAUUAGUAGGGGGGAUGAUGGCAAGUGGUUGCGUGAUAAUGUUGAGGUGGUGUUGGGAGAGGGAGAUUCCUUGAGCUUUUGGCAUGAUUGGUGGAUUGGGGAGGGCAAACUCUCCGAGAAAUUUCCUAGGCUUUUUCGGAUAUCCAACAACAAACACGGUACAGUCAAGAGCAUGGGGAUUUGGGUUGAAGGAACAUGGAGGUGGAACCUCGAGUGGAGCCGAGAGCCGAGGGGUCGAGAACAUGACCAAAUCCAGUCUCUUAUCUCUAUCAUUAAUUGCUGUGUGUUGAGGGUGGAUAAGCGUGAUGGCUGGAGUUGGAAAGCAUCUUCAAAUGGAGUCUUCUCCAUCAAGUCGGCUUAUGAAGCAAUUAGCUAG